GAUCGCGAACCAUCACGAGCGCGGGGUUGCUUGCACCCUAGCAUCACUCACACACACCUGCCAGUGCCACGAGUCUUGUCAUGUCUCUUCCAUCGACCGCUGCAGUCAAGGCACAACUGAAAGGUCAUCUGGGUGCCAAAGCGGACGACUACUUUGCCACCCUGAAUCUAUUUGUAAUUGGACAGACGUCGCGUGCCGAGUUUGAGGAGACUAUUAAAGCAAUCCUCGACGCGCCAAAUCUCGUUCAGCUCCAUAACACCUUGAUCAUCUCGCUGUUUGAUGCUACGAAACACAAACGGCCUCCAUCUCCCGCAGUAGUUCCGCGUCCUAAGCCACCUGCCCGCAAAAGACGCCGAUUAUUACCAUAUCAAGGCCCAGAUGAGCAUCCAGAGAAUCUCUCCCUGCGAUCAACACGUCUCAAGCGCUGGGCUCUGUCCGUGGGCAAACAGGAACGCGAGCGGUUGAAAUCGUUCCAGGCCAGUCCGCUCGACGCCCGACCCUUGGUCUCGGAUGAGAUUGCAUCCGAACGCGGCGUCAUACUGCUACACGAGCGAGGGGAUCCACCCGGGAGUCGAUUGCCUGUCCAUCUCGCAGCCAACGCUGGCGCUCCAACGGUACAGCAUAUCGCAGACCGCAUGAACUUGAUAUGUGCGCAGAACAAUCUGGGAGCGCCGAAUCGCGCCGUGCCCUCCCUGAUGAAUUUGGCCUGUGAGGCAAUGCUCAAGCAGCUCCUCACGCACGCACUGACAUUGACCUCGACCUCCCAAACCAUUUCUUCGAUCAACGCAUCGACAUCUCACUCCUCACGAGCCCCACCUGUGCUUUCCGCAGCAGCCUUCAACACCCUUUUCACAGUCUCGCCCGCAGACAUUCCGAACAAAUCCGCAGCGGCUGUGCGUUUAGGGUUCAUGGGCGAGGAAGAAACGAGCCACGACAGCGACGGCGAUAUCGUCCUGCUGAAGGAUCGGGAGGUUCGAGAUCAGCGCUGGCAGAUCCUGGCACUUUUAAGCGAAAGGAGCACGGUACGAGAGGUCCUGAGUGGGCGGACAUUAUGAUCUUGUAUUCUUACAUGGUGGGAUAUUUAUGCACUCUGUACAUAGACUUAUAUGUAUACGUAAUCAAGCAUCCUUCAGCGUCUCGUUGUCGGAAUCUAUGACAAUGACCACGUCCGAUGGCGUCUGUGAGGAUCGGGUUUCAAUGCUCGAAGACGUGGGACCCUCCACAACUAUCUGAGCUUGAUGUUUUGAUUUACGAGCCUCCUCCACCAAACGACUAAACUCAGAGCGAUUAGCCUUCAGAUGCUCAUCAGGCUUGAUAGACUCUGUGUCCCCCUUUUUCUUCAACAGCCUGGCGUGAUCCUCUUCCCACUUUUUCAGCUCCCUCCUGAGCUCACCAAUCUUUUGUCGUCGUUCGACCCCCUUGUCGUGAUUGGAAUUCCAGAGCAUUGUCCAUCUUCGACGUGUCAA